AUGCCUGGCAGCUUGGGGACAGUGCCCCGGACCCUGUUCCUGCUCCUCCUCUUCCCUGGCUGGGUAGAACCACAGGCCUGCAUGUUCCCAUGCCAGUGUCCCUCCCAACCUUCGCAGUGCCCUGCGGGUACCAGCCACGUGUGGGAUGCCUGUGGCUGCUGCAAGGUGUGUGCCCAGCAGCUGGGUGAGCUCUGCUCCUUGCACAGGCCCUGUGACCAUCACAAGGGACUCUAUUGUGACUUCUCAAAAAUCCACAGAGGCAGUGGGAUCUGCUUAGCUCAUGAGGGUGCGACAUGUGACCUGCUGGGCAAGAUCUACCUCAAUGGGGAGAGCUUCCAGCCCACAUGCAAGCUGCAGUGCAUCUGCAUGGACGGGGCCAUCAGCUGCAUCCUGCUCUGCUCCGAUGACCUGCGCCUGCCGUCCCCAGAGUGCCCCACGCCCCGGAGGGUGAAGUUCCACAACAAGUGCUGUGAGGAGUGGGUGUGUGAGGAGGGCAGCGAGGAUAACCGCUUUGGAACAGCCACGGCAGUUUUCAGGAAGGAUCCAGCUCACAGGCCAGAGCUGAACAACCUGCAGGAGAACUGCCUGGUGCAGACCACAGAGUGGAGCACAUGCUCCCGGAGCUGUGGAAUGGGGAUCUCCACCCGUGUGACCAACAACAAUCCCCAGUGCCGCCUGGAGAAGGAGACCCGGCUCUGCACGGUCCGGCCCUGCGACUUCUCCAUGGAGAAAACCAAGAAGGGGAAGAAGUGUGUGCAGACCCCAAAGCAGCGCCAGAGCCUCCACUUCGAGUUUUCAGGAUGCACCAGCACCCGCUCCUACCGGCCCCGGUUCUGCGGCAGCUGCUCGGACGGGCGCUGCUGCACCCCAUUCCUGACCAGCACGGUGGACGUGGAGUUCCGCUGCCCCGAGGGGGACUUCUUCAAGAGAAAAAUGAUGUUCAUCAAGAUGUGCUCCUGCCACUAUGACUGUCCCCAAGACAACGACAUCUUCCGGGCCACAUAUCAGCAUUGGAUGAUCGGAGACCACGUCAAGAUUGAGCAGCAAUAGCCCUGUCUUGCCAGAUCUGAGGUGUGCAGGAGCGCUCUGCAGUGCUUUCGUGGCUGUGUCCUGGCCAAUGCAGCCUCUUCCCCUUCUGUGAGGGGCUGUGCCUUCCACAGCAGCACCAUUCACACCAGCAGUCCCUGUGCUUUUCCCAAUGAGCCGAGGGAGGAGCCGCAGCUGCUCCAGCCCCUGACACCCAUGCACAGUGUGCAAAGGUCAGUGAAGGAACCAGAAACAGGCUUGAGCUGCAAACUUGAUCUGUAUUCCUGCUGGCCAGAGGAGAGAGUGGUUCAAGAUCAUGUGGCUCCCGCCUGUCUCCAGACAGAGCACAAUUCCUGAUUCAGACCCUGAGAAUU